AUUCUUGUAAAACGCAAUUAUUCUUGUAAAAGUUAAACGCAAGUCACGUUGUUGUUUGUUUUAUUAUCUAUUAAAGUCAAAUUCAGUUUUAUUUGGUACUUUCUCAAUUCAGCUAGUAAAUCUUAAAUGAAUUUUGUGCUAGCAGAUCAAAAGUUUAGGUACGAAGUAAGUAAGUUAGUGGGAGUUGAUUGGGAGCCACUAGGAAUUUGUCUUUCAAUCGCUGAUAACGUGUUAAAAAUAAUAAAAAAUGAUAAUAAUGGAACGAUUAUGCAAGCAUACAAAAUGUUAACUCAAUGGUAUGAAUCUAAUAAAAACGCAACACUGGAAAAACUUAAAUAUGCUGUAAAAAACAUAGAUAGAUUAGAUCUGCAAAAACAGGUUGAUGACCUUGCAGGAAGAAUCUCUUUCCAACGAUUUAUUCCAAGCAAACGUACAAGAUUUGGAAUAAAAGCUUGGGUAAUGGCAGAGCCAUCUACCAGGUACAUAUCAGAGUUCUUAAUUUACACUGGAAAAGAUAUUGAUGGACUAAAGCACCAUCAUCUUGCAGGAACAGGAAAGGAUGAUUUUUUUCAAAAAUAUUCAACAGAAAUAUUGGAGAUGGCAAAAAAUGCUUUUAAAAUGAAGAAAUUCAGCAUCGCUCAAAAACAUUAUAAUGAAAUGUUAAAUAAACAAAUAGAAAUUUUUGGUAGUGAGCAUCAACAAACUCUUAAUACUCAAUACUGGAUAGCAAGAUGUUUAUAUGAGAAAAAUCAACUCAAUCACGCUGAACAACUUUUUAAAAAAGUAAGAACCAUGCAAGAAAAGGUUCUAGGAGAGAACAAUAUGGAUGCAUUAUAUACAAAACAGUGGAAUGCAAUAUGUUUAUUAAAAAAAAAAAAGAUAGACGCCGCUGAGAAAAUGUUUAGAGAAUUAGAACUUAUGCAAAAAAAAAUUUUAGGAGAAAAUCAUAAAUAUACACUCAAAACAAAGUACUUCAUUGCUUAUUGCUUGAGUGAGAAAAAACAAUUAGAUGACGCAGAAAAAAUAUUUAGAGAAGUAGAACACAUGCAAAUGCGUGUAUUAGGUGAGAAACAUGAGGACACCCUUAAAACAAAAUUUUUAAUUGCGCAUUGCUUGUUCUCAAAAAAAGAAAUAUGUAGUGCAGAAGAAAUAUUCAGAAAAAUUUAUAAUAUUCAAAUAAAAAUUAUCGGUGAAAAGCAUGAGGAAACAUUAAGUACCAAAUACUGGAUUGCAAUGUGCUGGUUUGAAAUGAAAGAAAAGAUCUUGACCGCAGAAAAAUUAUUUAUAGAAGUAGAAUGUAAGCAGAAAAUAGUUUUAGGUGAAAAACAUGAGAACACACUAAAUACUAGGUAUUGGAUUGCAAGAUGCUUGUUUAAAAAAAAACUAUUUGAUAAUGCAGAAAAAAUUUUUGAAGAAGUACAAAAUAUUCAAAACGAGGUUUUAGGUGAUAACCAUAAAAGUACACUAAUCACAAAAUACUGGUAUGCUAGAUGCUUAUUUGAAAAAAAAAAGUUCGAUAUCGCAGAAAAUAUAUUUAUGAUCGUUGAAUGCAUACAGAAUAUGGUGCUAGGGGAGAAACAUGAGAACACAAUACUUACUAAAUACUGGUAUGCAAGAUGCUUACAUGAAAGCAAACAAUUUGAUGAUGCAGCAAAAAGAUUUUUAGAGGUUGAAAGAAUACAAAAAGAUGACUUAGGGGAAAAACACCAAUGUACAAUAAAUACAAAACACUGGUUUGCAAUGUGCCAAUUUGGAUUAAAAAAAAUCAAUAAUGCAGAAAAUUUGUUCAGAGAACUAGAAAAUUUAAAAAAAGAAGUUUUCGGUGAUAAUCAUAAAAGUACACUUAAUGCUAAAUACUGGUUUGCAAGAUGCUUGUAUGAAAAGAAUGAAUUCAACCAUGCUGAGAAAAUAUUCUUAGAAAUAGAAAAUACCCAAAAAAAUGUUUUAGGAGGAAAACAUGAAACUUCAUGUAGAGCUCAAUACUGGAUAGCAAGAUGUGCGUAUAAAAAGAAACUUUAUAACAAUGCUGUCGAUAUCUUUAUUGAAACAGAAAAAAUUAGUAAAAAAUUUUUAGAGGAUAAAAUUGAAUAUUCAAUAAACGCCAAAUAUUGGAUUGGUAUUUGCUUAUUUAAAAAAAAAGAAUACGAUAGCGCGGAGAACAUGUUCAGAGAAAUAGAUAAUUUAAGUAAAGAAAUAUUUGGAUAUAAAAAUUUAUAUUCGAUAAUUAAUAAGGAAUGGGUAGCAAAAUGUUUAUUUGGAAAAAAGCAAUAUGAUAAUGCAGAAAAGAUAUACCGAGAAAAAGAAGUUUUGUUGAAAGAGAUAGUAGAAGAUAAAAAUAUUAAUAUACAAGGUACUAAAUUUUGUAUUGCAAGACAUAUUUACGAUCAAGAACAAUUAGACGAUGAAGAAAGAUUAAUUAAGGAAGCGAAAAACUAUAAUACGGAAGCACUGUUAAAUACCAAAUUUUGUGUUGCAAGAUGUUUAUAUGAAAAAAAGCAAUAUGAUGAGGCAAAGAUAAUAUUAAGAGAAGUAGAAAAUGUACAAAAAAAUGUUUUAGGGGAUAAACAUGAGAGUACACAAAUAACAAAACGCUGGAUUGAAAUUUGCGAAAAAGAAGGAAAAAAUUUGAUCGAAGUUUUAUCAUCAUCAAUGUAUGUAACUGAAUUUUUUCGCACUUUAAGUUUGCGUUUGUCUUAUUCCUAAUACUUAAUUAUUUUCCAUAAUUAAAAAUUUUGCACUUGCACCAAAAAGUCCCUUUUUUAUUUUAUUUUAAAUAACUCUAAAAUAACCAUUUUGUUUCAUAACCUCCUCUAUUUGUAUUCUUUAAAAUUCAAUUUUUUUUUCCUAUCUGAAUGAAGAUAAAAUUAAAUUUAUAUAUUUUUUAAAUAAACUUGCUCGCGACUGCGUUCGCAAUUUUUUCUUCGUGACAAAGUAAAUAUUUGUUGAAAUAUAGUAAAUACUUUGUAUGAUAUUGUUCUAUUUUUGAAUAAAUACAAAAUUAUUU